AUGGAGCGCACACCGUUGCUACCUGAACGCAACCCCAGAGAUCCGGAACCCCCAUCCCCACCCCCGUCCCCAAGGAAACGUCGUAGAGAACUGAGGGAGUCGGAAGAAACGUGGGGCCACAUGAGUAUUGAGGACUUCCUCCUGCGAAUGGAUGCUUUUCGUUCUACGACUGAGCCUAGUCCGCUGCCUUAUCCUCUCCGCGAAGAACCUGGACCAGAAGACGUGAGGCAGCGAGUCGAAGGCAUCUUCCCGGACAUAGAUCGACUUCUGCACGCCCGGCGGAUUCGACAGUACUCGCUGAGAGUGGACAAUGUCUCGAAGCCUGCAUAUCCCGGCGGUGACCAGCCAGUUCCAACUAAAUGGGAUGCAGCAUCGGAGUCGUGGGGGAAGAAGGUAAAGGUUCCCUCGGGGGAUUUGUCUUGGCUGAAAUUGAACGGUAAAACCCACAAGGGUUUCCUUACCAAGCACCACGUCGUCCGGCCGCCUGCAUCAGCAAGCGCAAUGACAAGGAAGCAAGCUGAAAGAUACGGGUAUUCGUAUUUCUCCCAACCAUCCCAGUUGAAGCCCAGGAUCCAAUACUUGGCCGUUAAAGAAGUGAGAGAGACCAGGAAGAUCCUCGAGGAACUGAUUCGAGAAGAAAGCGCAAACCUAGAAAACUGGCGCAAAGAAGUACAAGACAGAGCAAAGGCUCAACUGGAACCACGGCCGGCUCUUGAGAGGCUCGUGAAAAACAGCCAGGCGUUGGUGCAUUCCCGGCAGAAGAUGCUAGACAAAGUGAACAGUAUGCCGAAGAGCAUAGGAGACGUGCUGAUCUCCUCAGGAAAGUCUGUCAAUGGAACGCACAUCUUAGACUGGGCAUUUGUUGAGCUGUCUGGCCCAGAGCAAAGUCAGCUAUUCUGUCCUAACAUCAUCCCAUCGAUCCCCAUCAAUCAGCAGCCUCUUGCGUACGGCAUCACUUCUGAAGUCCAAAAUAGUUAA